AUGAAAGAUUCUCUCACUGUAUCUACAAAAUCAAAUAAAAUUCAUGCAUUUAUUAUUAACAUCGAUUUUGAUAAUCAUUUCUGGUUUAUUCUAUUCACGAUCUACAUCGAGGGCGUGAAUAUUCGCGAUUUGAAUGUGAAAGCGUACCGAGAACAGCUGGGUUGUGUGCAACAAGAACCGAUUCUAUUCUGGGGCACCGUGACUGAGAAUCUUCGAAUGGGUAAAUUGGACGCAACACAAGAUGAAAAUUGGAGAAGCAGCGAGGCAAGCCAAUGCGCACGAAUUUAUUACAAAGCUGCCGGAGAUAAGCCAAAAGGAAAUUAG